UCUGUUUGGGUACUGCGUGCAAAGCCUUAAGGAGUCCGAGGCAAAGACUGGGAAAGUAGAGAUCUUUAGAAGUUCUGUGAGCGUAAACCAACAUUUCUGUGAAGAUGUGCUCCACUCUGAGUGUGAUGGUGUUGAUAAGCAUGAUGGGAUGUGUUGAACUGAUCACCGUCAAGACCCCCCAGAAAUACGUCAAUGUUACUGUGGGUGGAAAUGUUCUCCUCCAGUGUACUUUUAGCACGAUUCCAGAGACCACCGGCCUCACUAUCCAGUGGGAUUUUGUUUCAACAUCCUCCAGCACUCCACAGCAGCUCUAUUACUAUCAAUCGGGACAGGAUGUCUUUGCCAAAUCCUAUGAGGGCAGACUUCAGCCUCCCGUUGCUCCCAACGUAACCAAAAAUGCCUCCAUAACGAUACACAACAUGCAGCCAUCAGAUGCCGGGGUCUACACCUGUCAGGUUCACAACUUUCCUGAUGUUGAUGGAAAGUCUGAGGCCAAUAUCAUUGUGCAAGUUCUUGAGAGGCCGUCUCAGCCGUACUGUGCUGUUCAUGGUGAUGUGGAGGCGGGUCACCUGGUCACUCUGACCUGCCACAGUGAGCAUGGCAGCCCCACCCCCACCUACACCUGGACCAGACUGGACAACACCAAGGCCAGGAGGACUGUAUCGGCAAGAUCAACCACAGCUGGAAUACUGGAAAUCAGAAACAUAUCCCAGUUUGAGUUUGGGGAGUACCAGUGCAAUGUUUCAAAUCCGGUGGGAUUUUCCACUUGUGUCCUGGAGCUCAGCCCUGACCUGGGAGAUGGGGUGAUUGCCGGAGCAGUGAUCGGCGCAUUGCUCGGGUGUGUCCUGAUCGUCCUGAUUGUGUGGUUCAUCGCACACUCCGUGAAGAAGCAUAAAUACAAACCUGUCAAGGCACCAGAGGCCACUGAGAUGAAAAAAAGCUCUCAUCAGACCUCAGACACAGCCCCCAGCAGCCUCCACGCUGAGGGAGAUGAGGCGCAGGCUUAA